CCCCACCCCUUACAAACAACAUCAUCGCUGUACCUAAAUCAGGAAGCACCGACACGUUUUCUUUUCUGUUAUUUAAAACAAUUUUUUUUUUACGGAGACACUUUGGUGAUUACAGCAACGGUGAACCAUACAGGGGAAAAGGCGUUAUUGUUGUUGACGUCCACCGUCGACUAGCCUACUGUCGAAAGAAGACUGACAGUUGGUUACAUCCAGUACAAGGCUCAGCUGUGGAUGCAUUUGACACAGACUAACCGGAGAAGGUCUCUGUCAGCAGCAUGGGCCAGCAUCUAGGAAAGAGGGAGUCUCCCACAGUCAGCAAGGCUCCAUCACCUGAACCUGUAGCAGAGCAGACAGCAACAGCAGCAGCAGCAGUAGCAGCAGAACCUGAAUCACAUGAUGAAGUCUUUGGCCUGGGUGAGGCAGAUGCGAACCAGAACAAUGGCUGCAUCUCGGAGAAGCCGGCGGUGACUGACUCCACGGGCGCUGAGGGCCCCCACCAGCCCUGGCCCCACGCCAGCACAGCUGACCCUGACGCCGCCACGCCACGCCCCCACCUGGUCCGCCUCUUCUCCCGAGAUGCCCCGGGCCGAGAGGACAACACCUUCAAAGAGCGACCCUCCGAAUCGGACGAGCUGCAGACCAUCCAGGAACACAGCGGAGCGGCUUCAGAGUGCGGGUCGGAGAGCGCCGAACAGGACCUAGAUUAGGAUAGCUUCAUUUUUCCCAUCCCUCCCUCUCGUUUCUCUUUUCCCUCUUCUGUUUUUCGCUCUCUCAUAUAUACGAGAGAGACAAGAGCCCCACAUUUGACAAA